AUGGCUGAGGAAGAGAAAGUGACCGGGACAUCCUCGGCCAUCGAUGUCGAAACCGCCAAACAUGUCGACCCAACGCUCGAGAAACAUGCGCACGAUGCAGACGAGGCUAUGAAGGUCUUUGAGGAUAUGCAUGGCGAAGCGAUCGAGCUAGACGAGGCGACGAAUCGCCGCCUGCUGCGUACCAUUGACUGGCAUAUGAUGCCGAUUAUGUGCUUUGUCUAUGGGAUGAAUUAUCUUGAUAAGACGACCCUCUCGUAUGCGAGUGUCAUGGGACUAAAGGAGGAUUUACAUCUCAAAGGUGACGAGUAUCAAUGGCUGGGAAGUUUGUUCUAUUUCGGAUAUCUGGCAUGGGAGUACCCAACCAACCGCCUGCUGCAGCGGUUGCCAUUGGGCAAAUACUCUGCCGCGUGUAUCAUUACCUGGGGUCUGAUCCUGAGCUGCUUCGCCGGUGUCAAGAGCUACGCUGGAGCCAUUGCGAUCCGUCUGUUCCUCGGCGUAUUCGAGGCUGCAGUUACGCCGGGCUUUGCCCUGAUCACCUCUCAGUGGUACACGAAGAGAGAGCAAGGCUCCCGUGUCAACGUCUGGUUCAGCUUCAACGGCGUCGGCCAAAUCCUCGGCGGCGUGGUCGCCUACGGAAUCGCGAUCGGCACCGAGAAACACGGCUCCUCGAUCGCAUCGUGGAAGAUUGUCUUCCUAUUCACCGGCGUCCUGACCAUAAUACUGGGCGUGAUCUUCUACUGGAUUGUACCGGAUAACCAGCUCAAUGCGCGCUGGCUGAAGAAAGAGGACCGGGUGCUGGCCGUGGCACGAGUCCGCGUUAACCAGCAGGGUAUCGGUAACAAGCACUUUAAGAUGUACCAGGUCAAGGAAGCGUUAUUGGACCCGAUGACCUGGGCAUUCUUUUUCUAUGCGCUGAUUGCCGAUAUCCCCAAUGGUGGUAUCACCAACUUUUUCAGUCAAUUGAUUACCAGUUUCGGAUUCACCAAGGAGGAGAGUCUUAUCCUGGGUGUCCCUGGUGGCGCGGUCGAAGUCAUCGCCCUCGUGCUGAACGGGUAUAUGGGCCACAGGACGAACCAGCGACUGCUGUGCAGUCUGGGUGGUCUCGUCUCUGCACUGGUUGGCAUUAUCCUCAUUGUAGCACUCCCCCAGUCAAAUAACGUCGGUCGUCUGAUCGGAUACUACAUGACGCAAGCAAGCCCGACAGCCUUUGUCGCGCUGCUGUCGAUGAUCUCGUCCAAUGUGGCCGGAUACACGAAGAAAACGACCGUGGCAGCGCUGUACCUGAUCGGAUACUGCGUGGGCAACAUUAUCGGACCGCAAAGCUUCCGCCCGAAGGAUGCCCCCCGCUACGUCCCCGCCGAGAUUACGAUUAUCGUGUGUCUGGCCAUUUGCCUGUGCAUCAUGGUGUUCAUCUGGUGGUGGUACCGGAAGGAGAACGCACGGAAAUUGGAGCUUCAAGGACGACCGGAUUAUGUCCGGCUAGAGAAUCAAGAGUGGCUUGAUUUGACGGAUCGGGAGAACCCCGAUUUUACGUAUGCGCUGUGA